GACGGAAACUCUUCGCUUCGCAUCAAGCCAAUUAGGGUUUCGUUUCUCCCAAAUUCUAUUCCAUUUCCUUUCUUUUCAAGAGUACUCUAAAAAUGCAGAGAAACAAUGGUGGUGGCGGUCAUCUUUUCUUCAAUUUUGGUGACCCUUUCAGGGGUUUUGGGGGAUUUGGCAGUUUUGCAGGUCCUAUGAACUUGACGUCCAGUUUGUUCAUUGGAAGGGACCCUUUUGAUGAUCCUUUCUUUACACGUCCUUCUGGAGGCAGGUUCGGCUCAAGCUUCUUCAGUCCAGGUGGAAGUCCUUUUGCAGACAUGAAUUCACCUGCAUUUAUUGAGGAUCAGCCUCCAGAACCUAUGAAAUCAAGGGGGUUUAUCAUUGAGGAACUAAACUCUGAUGAAGAAAAAGAAGAAUCGGGUAAAGAGAAGAAUAAAAAUCCUAGAAAGCAUUGUAGGUUAAUUAGUGGAGCUUAUGUUGAAGAUCCAGAUGAUGCAGCUGAAGAGAAAAGGAACAAGCGUUUGCAGUAUAGGAAAUAGCAGAAUAGGUUCUACAAUAAUCAGCAGCAGCCUCAAGCUAAUAGCUUCACAUUCCACAGCUCCACCAUCACUUAUGGGGGCACAAAUGGAGCUUAUUAUACUUCCUCAAAGACAAGGAGGAGGGGUGGUGAUGGAAUCACCUUUGAAGAAAGCAAAGAAGCUGACACAGCCACAGGGCAAGCAACACACAGGAUUUCUAGGGGAGUUUAGAACAAGGGCCAUUCACUAACAAGGAAGUUAACUUCAACUGGUAGGUGGACACCAUGCAGACAUCACAUAAUCUGAAUGAAGAUGAGCUUCCUAGUUUUUUUAAGAAGCUUGGAAUGGAAAUGCUUGAAUGCAUUUGCCUGGCUGGUCUGGGAAUUUCAGUGGGCAUGAAACCCUUAGUAAGAACUAUUUGGCUUCUCCCUCAUGGAUUAGUUUUUUAUGUCAUAAGUGAGUGGCUCCAUUUUGUCUGGUAAUAGUGGACAUAAACAAGGCUGUGGAAU